AUGGCUUUCCGCGGAAAUUGGCGAUUUCGGGGCAACAUGAGCAAUCGAGGAGGCCCCAACAGUUUAGAAAAAGGCAACCAGCGGGAAACCUGCAAGCACUUCCAGCGCGGCAGAUGCCACUAUGGUGGAAAGUGCAGGUUCUCGCAUGAUGGGACUAGGGCUGCCGACUUUGAGUCAAAUCUAGCUUUACACCGACCUAUUGCAGCCGAUGAUCUGGACGCCCGGAAUCAAUACUUCGACUGGAAGAGACUUCUUAGAAAUGGAAUCUCAGGGUCUGGAUACUUUUUCACUGAGCAUGAGGAGAUCCUACAGUUCUGGAACGGAGCUCUUGAGAUUCUUGAAAGUGACAGCAGAGAGAAUCACCAGUAUCUCGCCAAAGAUCUCGUGGAUGACAGUUUUCAUGGACAUGAAUUCAUCUUGGUAACUGCAGAUACCGACAAUCCAGAGGGACUGGAGCCUGCUCAAGCUUAUGAUGAGACGUUCCUCAGAGUCAUCACCCAUGCUUCUCUCUUGAAUUGUCUUUCUGUCUCUUCCUUUGUUGGCACUCUGUAUACAUCCUUCGGUGGCACGAACGGAGAUCGAGCGAUCAGAUAUCUGAAAAAUAUUUGCCAGAGUCUGACGAGGAAAAGUGACGACACCCACGAAAAUGCACCGAUCAUCUCCCUGGACAUGAUGAGGUUGCUGUUGAAUACCCUUUACCAGCUCUUGUCAAGAGUCCGACGUGUUCGAUUUCACGAUGAACUUCCCGCACUGCUCGAGCUAAUCCGCGAAUUGGGCUCCAAAUUGACCGAGACAUACACGAGAGCCGACCUUGAGGGACUGGAAAGCAGAAUAGAAGUUAUGCAGGACCUUAUCACCAGUGCAAACCGCAAUCUUGUUACACCCAAGGUGCCAGAGAUAAAUCUCCAGAAGACCGGGUCAGCACUAUUGUCUUUUCCAAUGGACAUGCAAAUACCUGGCGGGAGACAUGACAACGACCUUGCGGAUAUCUCUCAAGUUCAGAUUCUUCCUACUGACAGAGAGAUAAUCAGUGACGACUCCGAAUAUUUACCUUCUACGAACUUCCUUCAGCCGCACUUUCUCGCUGACCCUCUGCAACGAUAUAUUGACUCAACAUUCCGGCUCCUCCGCCAUGAUGUCUUUGGCUCAGCGAAAGAUGUUCUUCGAGAUUUGUUGCAGCAGAAAGAUUUGACACGAGUUCCUCAUCUCCCAGGUAAGGAUACUGGAGCACAUCUCUAUCUGGGAGCCCAUGUCCAGCAAAUGUUCAUCAAUGAGAGAAAUGAUCUUGAAGCUACUGUAUCCUUCUCCACUCCACCACAACUCCGAAACAAGGCCUCCAAAGAGCAAUGCCGGUGGUGGUAA